GCUGAGGCGGCCGUGGCGGCGGCGGCAUAGGCUGCCAAGCGGCCAGGUCGGCGGCCGGGGCUCCGGGCCGCGCGAGGCUACGGCCACGCCGCGCCGCUGCGCACAGCCGACGAGGCAGAACGCCGCCCGGCGCGGGACUGCGGCCGGAGCCUGGGGCGCGCGUGCGGAGGACCAGGCGCGGCGCGGCUGCGGCUGAGAGUGGAGUCUUUCAAGCUAUCAUGGAGAGCUUAAGGGGAGACUGAAGGAGGUUGAUGCUGGCCAAGUGCAGAGUUCUAGUUGCUUCAGUCCUGCUGAGAUAGCCUCUCAGUCCACUCGCACUGAAGGAAGCUGCCUUGGGAUCAGAGCAGACAUAAAGCUAGACAGAUUUCAAGACAGAAACAGUCUCCGCCAGUCAAGAAACCCUCAAAAGUGUUUUGCCAUGGAUGUAGAAGAUGAAGAAAACAUGAGUUCCAGCAGCACUGAUGUGAAGGAAAACCGCAAUCUGGACAACGUGUCCCCCAAGGAUGGCAGCACACCUGGGCCUGGCGAGGGCUCUCAGCUCUCCAAUGGGGGUGGUGGUGGCCCCGGCAGAAAGCGGUCCCUGGAGGAGGGCAGCAAUGGCCACUCCAAGUACCGCCUGAAGAAAAGGAGGAAAACACCAGGGCCCGUCCUACCCAAGAACGCCCUGAUGCAGCUGAAUGAGAUCAAGCCUGGUUUGCAGUACACGCUCCUGUCCCAGACUGGGCCCGUGCAUGCGCCUUUGUUUGUCAUGUCUGUGGAGGUGAAUGGCCAGGUGUUUGAGGGCUCUGGUCCCACAAAGAAAAAGGCCAAACUCCAUGCUGCUGAGAAGGCCUUGAGAUCUUUCGUUCAGUUUCCUAAUGCCUCUGAGGCCCACCUGGCCAUGGGGAGGACCCUGUCUGUCAACACGGACUUCACAUCUGACCAGGCUGACUUCCCUGACACGCUCUUCAAUGGUUUUGAAACUCCUGACAAGGCGGAGCCUCCCUUUUACGUGGGUUCCAACGGGGAUGACUCCUUCAGUUCCAGUGGGGACCUCAGCUUGUCGGCCUCCCCAGUGCCUGCCAGCCUAGCCCAGCCUCCUCUCCCUGUCUUACCACCAUUCCCACCCCCAAGUGGGAAGAAUCCCGUGAUGAUCUUGAACGAACUGCGCCCAGGACUCAAGUAUGACUUCCUCUCUGAGAGUGGGGAGAGCCAUGCCAAGAGCUUCGUCAUGUCUGUGGUCGUGGAUGGUCAGUUCUUUGAAGGCUCGGGGAGAAACAAGAAGCUUGCCAAGGCCCGGGCUGCACAGUCUGCCCUGGCCACCAUUUUUAACUUGCACUUGGAUCAGACGCCAUCUCGCCAGCCUAUUCCCAGUGAGGGUCUUCAGCUGCAUUUACCGCAGGUUUUAGCUGACGCUGUCUCACGCCUGGUCCUGGGUAAGUUCGGUGACCUGACCGACAACUUCUCCUCCCCUCACGCUCGCAGAAAAGUGCUGGCUGGAGUCGUCAUGACAACAGGCACAGAUGUUAAAGAUGCCAAGGUGAUAAGUGUUUCUACAGGAACAAAAUGUAUUAAUGGUGAAUACAUGAGUGAUCGUGGCCUUGCAUUAAAUGACUGCCAUGCAGAAAUAAUAUCUCGGAGAUCCUUGCUCAGGUUUCUUUAUACACAACUUGAGCUUUACUUAAAUAACAAAGAUGAUCAAAAAAGAUCCAUCUUUCAGAAAUCAGAGCGAGGAGGGUUUAGGCUGAAGGAUAAUGUCCAGUUUCAUCUGUACAUCAGCACCUCUCCCUGUGGAGAUGCCAGAAUCUUCUCACCACAUGAACCAAUCCUGGAAGAACCAGCAGAUAGACACCCAAACCGUAAAGCAAGAGGACAGCUACGGACCAAAAUAGAGUCUGGUGAGGGGACGAUUCCAGUGCGCUCCAAUGCGAGCAUCCAAACGUGGGACGGGGUGCUGCAAGGAGAGCGGCUGCUCACCAUGUCCUGCAGUGACAAGAUUGCACGCUGGAACGUGGUGGGCAUCCAGGGAUCCCUGCUCAGCAUUUUCGUGGAGCCCAUUUAUUUCUCGAGCAUCAUCCUGGGCAGCCUCUACCAUGGGGACCACCUUUCCAGGGCCAUGUACCAGCGGAUCUCCAACAUAGAGGACCUGCCACCUCUCUACACCCUCAACAAGCCUUUGCUCAGUGGCAUCAGCAAUGCAGAAGCACGGCAGCCAGGGAAGGCCCCCAACUUCAGCGUCAACUGGACGGUAGGCGACUCCGCUAUUGAGGUCAUCAACGCCACGACGGGGAAGGAUGAGCUGGGCCGCGCGUCCCGCCUGUGUAAGCACGCGUUGUACUGUCGCUGGAUGCGUGUGCACGGCAAGGUUCCCUCCCACUUACUACGCUCCAAGAUUACCAAGCCCAACAUGUACCAUGAGUCCAAGCUGGCGGCAAAGGAGUACCAGGCCGCCAAGGCGCGUCUGUUCACAGCCUUCAUCAAGGCGGGGCUGGGGGCGUGGGUGGAGAAGCCCACUGAGCAGGACCAGUUCUCACUCACGCCCUGACCCGGGCAGACAUGAUGGGGGGUGCAGGGGGCUGUGGGCAUCCAGCGUCGUCCUCCAGAACCUCACAUCUGAACUGGGGGCAGGUGCAUACCUUGGGGAAGGAGUUGGGGGACACAGGGGACCACCAGGUGUCCACGGUUGUCCCCAGCAUCUCACAUCAGACCUGGGGCAGGUGCGCAGUGUGGGGAGGGGAUGGGGUGUGUCGGGGCCCAGCAUCGCCGCCUGGCAUCUCUCUGCCGCAGCAUUUCCCCUUCUGAACCGUCCAGUGACUGCUUUCAAUCUCGGUUUACGUUUAGAAAUUGAGUUCUACUGAGUAGGGCUUCCUUAAGUUUAGGAAAAUAGAAAUUACUUUGUGUGAAAUUCUUGAAUAAAUAAUUUAUUCAGAGCUA